AUGACGACAGAACUCACCAACCAAAUCCUAGAGGCUACAAACCUUGCUGUUCCUGAUGUUACCAUGGACCAGAUCGGAGCAACAACCGUUGAUGAUGCUAGUGUUACGGCGAUGGAGACACUGGACCAGACCGAUCCCGAUGUUCGUGUUUUGGCCAACGAGAUCAUGGACCAGAUUGGAGAUAUAACCGAUCUUGAUGCUCGUGUUGUGGCCAAUGAGAGCAUGGACUUUUCCGGAGAUGUAAUUAAUCCUGCUGGUUCUUUUGAUAUGACGACCGAAUUCACCAACCAAUUCCUAGAGGCUACAAACUUUGAUUUUUCUGAUUUUACCAUAGACCAGAUCGAAGCAACGGAUGGUGCUAGUGUUACGGCGGCGGAGACACUUGACCAGACCGAAGAAACAACCGAUCCUGACGUUUGUGUUGUGGCGGCCAAUGAGAGCAUGGACCAGAUUGGAGAUAUAACCAAUCCUGAUGCUCGUGUAGUGGCCAAUGAGACCAUGGACCAGACCGAAGAAACAACCGAUCCUGACGUUUGUGUUGUGGCGGCCAAUGAGAGCAUGGACCAGAUUGGAGAUAUAACCGAUCCUGAUGCUCGUGUAGUGGCCAAUGAGACCAUGGACCAGACCGAAGAUACAACCGAUCCUGAUGUUCGUGUUGUGGCCAACGAGAGCAUGGGCCCGAUUGGAGAUAUAACCGAUCCUGAUGCUCGUGUUGUGACCAACGAGAGCAUGGACCAGACCGAAGACAUAACUAAUCCUGCUGCUUCCUUUGUUACGACAAGGGCCGAUGGUUACUGUCAUCAGUGUCGUCAAAGAAAAGAGGUGCAUGGAUCAUGUGUGGGUGUGGCCAACAAUCGCAAAUGUCCACUUAUGUUCUGUCGUACAUGCUUAAGGCGCAGGUAUGGAGAGUUCGUAGAACAAGUGGUGGCGAACAAUAAUUGGCUUUGUCCAAAAUGCCGUGGGAAAUGUAAUUGUGGCCCCUGUCGGAAGAUGAACGGUUUGGAGCCUACCGGGAAUAUUGACCACAAAGUUAAAGCCGCUGGGUGUGACAAUGUCUGUGAGUAUCUUGAGAAAGAGGAGGCUGCGGGUAAACAAGUCAUUGAGACUAAGGCGGAAACGGCUAUAGCUUUACCACAAAGCCUUAGCCAAGAGGAGAAACGUGCUGUAGCUUUACUACAAAGCCUUGGCCAAGAGAAGAGAUGUGCUGAAGAAAACCGUGCUGUAGCUUUACCACAAAGCCUUGGCCAAGAGAAUAGAUGUGCUGAAGAAAACCGUGAUGCCGUUAGAAAAGUGAAGGUCGCGAAAACCAAACCCGUCGUUGAAAAGAAAGAGGAGGUUAAGCUACCUCUAGGCAACAAUUCGAUUUUGUUCUCGGGAUCGGACUUUUACGUGCCUCCUCAAUAUUCUGGGAGGGCAUUGCAAUUUCUGGAAUUCUGUUCAGCGUUUGGAAAGGCUCUAGAUCUGAAGGAAGGGCAAGCUAUGAGUGUCGUGAAGGAAGUGGUAUCCGGCGUAAGCCCAAGGGGUAUGCUGCGCUCUACGGCCACCGAGACCAUCCUCCAAUUACUAACCGUGAUAGUAAAUGACUCAGCAGAAACACCGGUUAAAUUUACUGAAUUCGAUGAGAGGACGUGGAUAAAGGCGAUCGGUGAAUGUCUAUCGAAAUCAGGAGUCAACGAUGAUGACUUAGCUCCUGAAAUGUUUGUAGAGAGCAUAGAUCCAUAUGAUGAGAUGAAUCGAACACAAAGGUUCAAGCUAUUAAAUAUCUUAUGCGACGAAGCCCUUGGCACAGGGUUACUGAGGAGUGUCAUUGAGAACCCGGAAUAUGCUGAAAGGAAAAAGGAAGCCAAAAAGAGGUUGAAGGCAGCAAUUGAGCAGAAGAAGCAACUGAAGCAUAAGAUAGCUUAUGAGCUGGCUAUAGGUGAAUGGGAAAACAAAACUCCGCUGACGCUUGAUCAAAAGCAAGCAAUUUUAAGGAAAAUGGAUGCUGAAACCUUAAAUGUAUUUACCGAAGUGCAUAACGCAACAGAAAUGCUAGAGAAUCUACGAUAUGAUGAUCCCCUUAGAACCACCCCGGUUCAUGUGGAUCAUGAGAAAGGAUUUAUUCUCUGGAAGUUUAAAUGCUACAAGCAGGAAGAACCUAAUAUCUUGCAUCAACAAAUAGGAAGCACCGGUGAAGUAUAUCGUCCAGAACAAUGGUAUGCCUUUACUCCUGAGCAGAAACCAGAUUUAGAGGAGUUCAUCGAAGCAAAUGCCAAAAAGAUGAUUAAAAGGCGUCGUCGAUCAAAGACGACUGCAAAUACCGAGAAGACAUCAAAUACCGAGGAGACAGAAGAUACUGAUGAGGAGACAGCAAAUACCGAGAAGACAGAAAAUACCGAGGACACAGCAAAUACCGAGAAGACAGAAAAUACCGAGACGACAGCAAAUACCAUUGAUCCUGAGUCUGAGGAGGACUGA